AUGGCCAAUAAUUACAUUAAAAUCGAUGGAGAGCAUAGCAUGCCAGCUACAGAUACAAUCACCAACUUUUAUAAAAAUUCCGUGCUUUUGAUAACGGGUGGCACUGGAUUUCUCGGAAAGGUCUUAAUUGAAAAAAUCCUGCGUGCGUUUGAUGUGAAAAAAAUUUACAUUUUAAUCCGCAACAAAAACAACAUGAAUGCAGACGAUCGAUUGCAGGCCCUCUUCAACGAGAGUAUUUUUGAUCGAUUACGUGAAACGUCACCGGAAGUACUGAGAAAAGUGGUUGCUAUCAGUACGGAUUUCGAAGCAGACGACCUAGAUAUUAGUGCGGAAAAUAAAUCAAUAAUUAAGCACGAAGUGGAGAUUGUCUUUAAUAUUGUGGCCUCUGUAAAAUUCAAUGAGAAACUUAAAAGUGCUAUUGAUAUCAAUAUACUCGGCACACAAAAGGUGAUGGAAAUGGCAAAAGAAAUAGAGAAUUUGAAGGCGUUUUUGCAUAUCUCGACCUUAUACUCGAACUGCAAUCGUCAGCAUAUUGAUGAGAAAGUGUACGAUAUGGAAAUUGGCUACGAGAAAAUUAUUCAGAUAAGCCGCAUCCUGCAGCCGGGCGAUUUAGAAAAGAUUAAACAUUGUUUGUUGGACGGCAUGCCAAACACUUAUACGAUGACAAAACGAUGUGCGGAGAUUAUGGUGUUUAAUCGAGCAAAAUGUAUGCCAACCGGUAUAUUCAGACCACCUAUCGUGAUUUCCACAUAUAAGGAGCCAGUACGCGGAUGGACCGACAAUGUUUAUGGACCAAGUGGUGUCUGUUUGUGGGCCGUCAAAGGUCUCAUUCACGUAAUUUGGGGCGACAAGCAGCGGAACGCCAAUAUGGUGCCAGUGGAUUACUGUAUCAACGCGAUGGUGUGUGCUGCCUGGGACGUCAAUCGACGAUAUAAGGAGGCGUUAGACUGUGGGCCGUACGAAGUGCCUCUCUACAAUUAUUUAUAUCCCGAUAACAAUCUUACGUGGGGCAAAUAUAUGAAAAAUGUUCGUCGGGGAUUACAUCAGCCGCUUGAAAAAUCAUUGUGGUACUACAGCUAUAUCAUCGCAAAAAACGGCUUUACUUUCAAGCCAUUAUCAUUUCUGUUUCAUACGGUUCCGGGCCAUUUACUGGAUAUUUUGGCAUUUAUCACCGGCAAGCCACGCAUUUACGCAGCUGCCUACAAGAAAAUUGUGCGGAACCUUCAUUCGUUCUCGUAUUUCGGACUAAUUCACUGGACUUUUGACAACUCCAAUGUCCAGCAGAUGCACCGUAAACUACCUAAUCACGAAAGAGCUUUUCUGGAAUUUGACUUGCGAACGGUCGAUUGGAAGGAUUAUUUCUACCAUUAUGUGCCCGGCAUCAAAAAGUACUUUUACAAAGAGGAUAUGACAAAAGUAGUCAAAUUGCGACAGCAUUAUUUGAGAUUAAAAAUACUUCACUACGCCGUAAAAAUAAUAUUUUGGGUAUUGCUGGUGAUAAAAGGAUAUCAAUUAUCACAUCGUAAAUUAUUUAAACAAAUUGCGAAAUAUUUUUGAAUCCAAUGGCCAUAUAUCACAUCAUAUGUUAAAACGUAAUGAGAUCACCGGGGAGAAUUGAGUGGAAACGAAUAAUAAAGCGGGAUUGUGGUUGUGCGCGAAAAGUAUUCGAUUUAAUAUCAUUUUAUGUCGAUUGUAUGUAUCAAAAUUUAAAAAAAAAUCAAUUAAAUAAA